AUGCAAUGUCCGAGGACCAAUAGGUGCUUGCACUGGAGUAAUGUGUGCGAUGGCGUUGGUGAUUGUAAAAAUGCAGAGGAUGAGGAUAAGAAUAUUUGCGGAGUUACCUUUUGUGCUAGUGGCUCGUUUCAAUGCCAGAGUGGGAGCUGCAUAGGCAAAGACCGCUUGUGCGAUCACAAUGCCGACUGUUUCGAUGGCAGUGACGAAAUGCCCGCAAUAUGCCGACAAAAGACUGGCUCGAAGGCAGUUGAAUGGUUCACCAAGAGCUGUGCCUUGGUCCCCAAGCAGGGCAUGCGUGUGACCGAUUACUUUUCCCAGCUCAGCUACAAGCAGGAUGCCCAGGUGCCAGACCAAAGUAUCGUGGAGAUCACUUGCGAUGAUGGAUAUAGGCUCUUCGGCUCCAAUAUCAACAGCUGCGACAACGGUGCUUGGGAAAAUAACUUGAUAUCAUGUGUUCGUUACUGCGAACCAAGCCCAUAUUCACGCAGCAUCGCGUAUUCCACAAAAUGCAGCGAUGUUGGCGACUGCAAUGAAGGCUCACUCAUGGACACAGAAAUGCUGGUAUCCUGUGCGCCAGGCUACGAGUCUGACUCGGCUGACAAUCUAGUUGGCCACCACGUCUGCGAUGAGAAUGGCGAGUGGACUGUCGUCGAGGCGAAUCCCAUUUGUACGCCCAUCUGUGGAGUAAAGUCUCCACACCAUCCCGGUAUCACGCCCUGGACUGUGAGCCUGUUUCAGCGCACCUUGCCCGGGGAUGUGAUCUACACGUUUAAAUGCAUGGGCACCAUUCUGUCACCAUUCAUUGUAAUCACAGCCGACGCCUGUUUUUCAGAAGCGGCUGAGGCGUAUUCUCCUCUUUUCUUCAAAGUUGUUGAGGGCGAUCACAAAAUCGAAUUUCGUGAGGACGAGGAUCAUGGCUAUACUCUGCAUAAUCUCAUGGAAAUACAUAUUGUCACAUAG